UACGAAUAAUAUGCAAUGUUGAUAAUUUAUAAAUAAACGUAAAAUUAUUUCUUUUUUGCUCGGCUUCCGCCCGCAGUGAACACCGACCAAUAUAGAAUAUUAAUAAUAUUUUGAUUGUAAGAAUAACAACGUUUGUCUAUUAUCGUCGUCAGUACACACAUCGACCAGUUUAUGACCUGUGUCGCUCCCGUCGGCCGCUAUUUCUAAUAAUAUUAAUAAUAAUUGCCAUCGCUUCAACUGGGUUUACGCCGUUUACGGUCGAUCCGUCAUCCGUUUCGUCAUUGCCGUUUGCAUAUGAUGACGUAUUGAACCGGCGGAGGCGGUAGUGAUACCACAACCGUAUUUCUCAUUCGGACCAUUCGGUGAUGAACGACUCUACCGCACAUGUACAUCACCGCCGUACAAUGUCCAAGUUUUUAAAACUAGCGCACAAGUUCAACAGCUUUUACUUGAACGGAUUACAGAAAAAAGAAUGUCGCGCAUUCAUCGUGGACGGAAUUCAAGUCGGUUUGGUCCGGGCUACCGUCACAAUAGAAUUAAGCCGCUAUCCAAAUGUGUUUAUCGUCAACCCCAAUAGUGUCACGCUGAACCCAGCAUUCAGGGAUUACGACGAACGUUCUGCAAACAUAGAGUCUGUACUUAGAGAAAUGAAAGAAAAAAAAUUGUUUAUAACGCUCAAAGGGUGGAGGGAUGAGUGUUAUGAAGUACGGACAAUGUUUGCUGAUCAACCGUUGCUAAAAAUGGAUCGGUCUGCUACUUGUCUGUUUGGGAUUUGUAAUUACGGUGUUGACAUAAAUGGUUAUGUAAACCAUCCACAAAAAGGAUUAUGUAUUUGGCUUCAACAAAGAUCAUUGACUAAACAGACAUGGCCUGGAAAAUGGGAUAAUAUGGUUGCUGGAGGUUUAUCGGUUGGAAACAGUGUUAUACAUACUGCUCAUAAAGAAGGAGAAGAAGAAGCAUCAUUAACUCCAGAUCUUAUGAAAAAUUUGCAAUCAGCUGGCACUGUGUCUUUCUUCUACGAGAGUGAACGAGGAUUGUUUCCUGAUACAGAAUUUGUUUUUGACUUAGAAUUACCUUUAGAUUUUGUACCUCGUAAUCAAGACAAUGAAGUAGAAAAAUUUGAGUUGGUGACUGCGAGUGAAACUGUGAACAGAAUUUUAUCUCCAGAUUUUAAGACUACUAGCUGUCCUGUAAUUAUUGAUUUUUUAAUCAGACAUGGAAUUAUUAAUCCGGAAAAUGAGCCACGUUUUCCAGAAUUGGUUGAAUUAUUACACGUACCACUCCAAUCUCUUUACAAAAAGUGUGACAACUCGUUGACUGAAAACGGCCUUUCAAAAGCCGAAUGAAUUGUUUGUUGUGUUAAUUUAUGUAAUGUCUUCUUUCAACUUAUCUUUCCAUUUUUCAAUAUUACUUCUCAUGUUUUCUUUUACUUUGAGUCUAUUUAUUUUGCCAAAUAUUCGCUAAAAAUCCCAUUAUGUUCCUUCCAUUUUUAUUGUGAUACAUAAAUUAAAUGCGUAUGUUACGCCCUAAUGUUUUG